UGACGUCGCCGGCACCCACCCGGAAGAGAAGGAGAGAUGUGGACACAAGACAUCAUUUUUCUCUUCUUCUCGUCUGCCUUCGACGUCGCUGGAAAAAAUGUCUCGUUUGGCAGCCACAAAAUUGUGCAAGGAAAUAUAAUGUCUCGUUAGGCAACAAGGAAAUGUAAUGUCGCGUUUGGCAGUCGCGCUCAUUCCGUAAACUCGCCUUCCGCUAAAGAAGACAACAUUUCAAUGUAUUCAUCGACUACAGCUGACAUCUUGACUCUUUACUACACACUUUAAUACACAUCUUGUCUCUUUAAUACACACUUAAAUACACAUAUUGCUUCCUUACUACACACUUGAAUCCACAUCUUGACUCUUACAAAGUAUAAUCCACGUGGGCGAAGUAGCCACGUACGCAGCUGCCAGCCAGCCAGCCAGCGCCAUUCCUGUUGUGAUUAGCUACACACAUUACAAUUCCCUUGGCGCCUUUUAUUGCUGCCAUCCAGCCAGUAAAAGAUCUUUCUACGACCAUGUCUCCCAUGGGCAUCCGAAUGUCUCCCUUUGGUGUGGCCGUCUUCUGCCUCUUCGGGGUGGCCAUCGUCUUGUACCACCUGUACGCCGGCGUCCUCUCCAGCAGACUGGCGGCUUUCAGAAAAAAGGACGUGGAUCUGAGAGAACUUCUGGCUGCAUCAGUGGAGGCUGCAGUUCUUGGAGGCAAAGAGGUGAAAAAGGUGCGUGAGGAAAACAGUCUAAAGGAGAGGUCAAAGGGCAAGACAAAGGAGGGGGAGAAUGAGCUUCUGACCAUGGGUGACCUGCUGUCACAUAGAAAGAUGUACAACCUUAUUAGAAACACCUUCCCUGAAGUCACGGUGAACAGUGAGGAGCAUGACAACAUGGUGGACCAGAUUGCAGUCUGGAGCCGGGACAUCCCAGCUGACAUUGUGGAAAAGAUAGAAGAAGGCAGGAAGGUUCCUGCAGAGAGUGUGACAGUGUGGAUUGACCCUUUGGACGCCACGCAGGAAUAUACAGAGAACCUGGUGAAGUACGUGACCACUAUGGUGUGUGUGGCUGUGGAUGGUAAACCUGUGAUUGGGGUCAUACACCAGCCCUUCACUGGCUUCACAGCCUGGGCGCUGGUGCAUCAUGGAUCCAAUAUGAGUCCUCGCUCGGCCUACAGUGUUAGUCCUCCCAAAGUCAUCGUGUCCCGCUCCCACUCGGGGAAGGUCAAGAGUUACAUUCAGAAUGCUUUUGGAAACGGCACAACAAUUGUAGAAGCAGGAGGAGCAGGGUACAAGGUACUGUCACUCUUGCAGAUGCCUUCAGGUGACACGGGUGAUGUAGACCAGGCCGACGUCUACGUCCACAUCACUUUCAUUAAGAAGUGGGACAUCUGUGCUGGUGCAGCACUUCUGACUGCCAUGGGGGGACACAUGACAUCUCUGAAGGGAGAAGACAUUGACUACAGGGAGACGGCGCUCACCACAGGGGGGCUGGUGGCCAGUGUGGGUGUUGAUCAUAAGGCCAUCCUGGAGAGGCUGCCCAGCUGGGACCCUGCUAAGCAGUGAAAGCUUGUGUUACAAGCACACCUCACCUCUUCAUGAGUACACAACCCGGUCUAAUGGUAGGUCCUCCUGGCUUUCUACAAGGGUAGACCUUUCCCACAUCAAGCUCUUAUUACUUUAUGAGUACACAACCUGGUCUAAUGGUAGGUCCUCCUGGCUUUCUACAAGGGUAGACCUUUCCCACAUCAAGCUCUUAUUACUUUAUGAGUACACAGCCUGGUCUAAUGGUAGGUCCUCCUGGCUUUCUAGAAGGGUAGACCUUUCCCACAUCAAGCUCUUAUUACUUUAUGAGUACACAGCCUGGUCUAAUGGUAGGUCCUCCUGGCUUUCUAGAAGGGUAGACCUUUCCCACAUCAAGCUCUUAUUACUUUAGUGCUUUUCAUUCAGCAACAACAAGGACAAUGAUAGCAAGUUGCCUUCAUCUAAAAGACGCUAACACCUUCCCUAUGACAUUUGGCUCUGCAUGAAACAUCAUAUUUGACUUGUAGAAAUGCUGAUGGCUUCAGUUGGACCACCCUGGAAACAUUGAAGUAUAAAAGGAGCACAAUGCCAUAGAUCCAAGUAUAGAAGGACUACAAUGCCAUAGAUCCAAGUAUAGAAGGACUACAAUGCCAUAGAUCCAAGUAUAAAAGGAGCACAAUGCCACUGGAUUAGCAAGCAAAGUAUGCUGAAGAAGGACAAGGAUGUAACAUUUAUACAUGUUGUCUAGAAAAGACAUCAUCUUUCAGAUGGUUGCCUAGGUUGGCUUUUAACAUGUAAAUAUUUGUUUUUCAAGCCAUCAAAGUAGGUUCACUUCUUUGUUCAUAUAUAUUUCUAAAAAGAAACUGGGUUUUGGUGUACAGGUAUUUAUUUAGUUGUUUUCCUCUGAAAAUAUACAGAUAACUUAUUGCCAGAGAACAUAACUGUGAAAACAAUAGAGCAAAUGGACUAAUAAAUGGUGGUAGCACGCAGAGUUUUAUGCUUAGAAGGAUGUUCCGUUUACAGACGCUGACAAUAAAGUCAACAUUGUUUCAAUCA